CUCCUUUUCACUUUGCGAUAUCGCCACGAAAACUUCAAACCCCAUCAACCCUCCAACAAACGCUGCAGACGCAAAAACUGCUGGUGUUCUUCAAUUACUCAACGUUCUGAGCGUGUCCCCAUCAGCGCGCAUCCAUAACUUGUUGCUGUUGUCGAAAGGCGAGCGCAACAACAGGUCGCGCUCACACGAGCAAGCAGCGCAAACCGCCACCAUGGACGUCGCCCUGGAAUUUCUCGAUCCCCUUAUCUUGGACAAGGCAUACGCGUGGGCUCUCCCAAGCGCACCCCUCGGCAUUGACUAUAGCAAUGGCACCUCUCCUCACAAAUUCUCGGCCGCGCAAACAACAUCGCAAUGGCCACGGGACAACAUCUACCGCCAGAUAAUAUCGAUCCUGGCGUUAACCCAGAUAGGCGCAAUGAGCCUCUACCUUAUUUUCAGCGCAUUGUCUUAUUAUCUCGUUUUCGACAGGAGACUAGAGUACCACCCACGUUUUUUGAAGAACCAGGUCCGCCAAGAAAUAAUAUCUUCCUUUUCCGCCGUCCCGUUUAUCAAUCUUCUCACGCUACCCAUCUUCCUGGCCGAGGUCCGCGGACACAGCUUGCUCUACAGCAAUGCCAACGAGUAUGGAUGGACGUGGCUGGCGGUCUCGACGGUGCUGUACAUGGCGUUUAACGAUUUCGCCAUCUACUGGAUCCACCGUCUCGAGCACCACCCUAGCGUGUACAAGUACAUUCACAAGCCGCACCACAAGUGGAUUGUACCAACCCCAUGGGCAGCCCUAGCCUUUCACCCCCUGGAUGGCUUCAUCCAAUCCACCCCUUACCACCUGUUCGUCUUCAUCUGCCCCAUGCAACGCCACCUCUACAUGGUGCUCUUUGUAGCCGUGCAGAUCUGGACCAUCUUCAUCCACGACGGCGACAUGAUCAGCGGCCACUGGACCGAGAAGUGGCUCAACAGCCCCGCACACCACACGCUGCACCACAUGUACUUCACCGUCAACUACGGGCAGUAUUUCACCUGGGCUGACACCUACUUCGGUUCGCAUCGCGCGCCGCAGCCCGAGCUUGACCCGCUGCAUGAUGCGCUGAAGGUUCUGCGAGCAAAGGGGCUGGUUGAUGAGAACGAUCAGCUUAUCAAGAAGAAGAAGACGGAGUAGUGUCGGCACGGGGAAGCAUUUUGCGCGUCGACGGGUUUAUGGGUUACGCUUUAUAUUGGCAACUCGCGAUGGACUUCUUUCCAUUGAUUCUCUUCUGGGGGCUACUUUGGCGCCCGCCUGCAUCGGUUUGGAAAAUGUACGAUACGUGGCCGAGCUCUUGCAUUUAGGGGCCGUCUGCGUUGUAUGGGGGAGGCUGCGAUGGGAGAUGCCGGCAUCAUUGUACAGCAGAGCAACCCAGCUCCGACUACACUGUUAUAAUUUCUAAUGACACUGCUCGCUCGUUUGAAC